UAUUCUUCAUAAUUUUCAGCUCAUACUUCAACGAUUCAGUAAUUAUUCUUCAUACUUUUCAGCUCAUACUUCAACGAUUCUAAGAAAUUAUUCUUCAUAAUUUUCAGCUCAUACUUCAACGAUUCAGAAAUUAUUCUUCAUACAUUUCAGCUCAUACUUCAACGAUUCUAAGAAAUUAUUCUUCAUAAUUUUCAGCUCUUAUACUUGAAUAUAAAGCAAUGCAAGCAGUCUAUGCUGAUGUAUCGGAGACCGCCUCUAACCGAUCUGAUAACCCCAUCCCGCCCCUGGUGGUGGUCACGGGUUGUGAUAGGGGCGUGGGGUUGUGGGUUGCUGUAGCAUCUCUACAAUGGGGCUUCAAGGUGCUGGCAGGUGUGCUGGACCAGACGUCUCCAGGAGCCCAGCAGUUGCUGGCCAGAGGUGCUCAGGUGACGCAGCUGGACGUGACCAGGAGCGAUGACGUCACUCGUCUGCUGGGUGACGUCAUGGCCCUGGAGGACCUGGGUGAUGCACACCUCGCGUGUCUGGUGAACAACGCUGGAGUGCUGGCGUACGCCCCCCUCGAGUGGCAGAGAGCGGCGCACGUGCAACACCAGCUCAGAGUAAACCUGGAGGGUCUGGUGAUGGUGACGGCAGCGCUCCUGCCUCUGCUCAGGAGAAACAAAGGACUCCAGCACUCUCAGGACCCCAGCACUCUCAGGACCCCAGCACUCUCAGGACCCCAGCACUCUCAGGACUAA